UUAAGUCCUUGAUUAGGAGAGUGUGAGAGCUUUUGGUCCCAACUGGCUGUGCCUAUAGGCUUGUCACCAGGAGAACAUUUGUGUUAAUUGCACUGUGCUCUGUCAAGGAAACUUUGAUUUAUAGUGGGGUGCACAAAUAAUGGUUGCCGAGCGCACAUGGAUUCGGUAGAACUUUGCCUUCCUGAAUCUUUUUCCCUGCACUACGAAGAAGAGGCUGCCGAGCACUUCCAGCUGUGACGGACUUCAUGAUACCAGGGGGUGAUUCAGCACAUCUGAAAAUCAGGCUUGUCUGCAGAAUGUCAAGCAAAGAUCGACACAUUGAUUCUAACUGUUCGUCAUACAUCAAGACGGAACCAUCAAGCCCCGCCUCUUUGACGGACAGCGUCAACCACCACAGCCCUGGUGGCUGUUCAGACGCCAGUGGGAGCUAUAGUUCAACCAUGAAUGGACAUCAGAAUGGGCUGGACUCGCCAUCCCUCUACCCUUCCGCCACGGGGCUUGGAGGCAAUGGGCCAGGCAGGAAACUAUAUGAGGACUGCUCCAGUACCAUUGCUGAAGAUUCACAGACCAAGUGUGAAUAUAUGCUGAACUCGAUGCCCAAAAGACUGUGUUUGGUGUGUGGUGAUAUUGCGUCAGGGUACCACUAUGGGGUGGCUUCCUGUGAGGCCUGCAAGGCUUUCUUCAAGAGGACAAUUCAAGGUAACAUAGAAUACAGCUGCCCAGCAACGAAUGAAUGUGAAAUCACAAAGCGCAGACGCAAAUCCUGCCAAGCCUGCCGCUUCAUGAAGUGUCUAAAAGUUGGCAUGCUGAAAGAAGGGGUCCGUCUAGACAGAGUACGUGGAGGUCGCCAGAAGUACAAGCGCAGAAUAGAUGCAGAGAAUAGCCCAUUCCUGAACCCUCAGCUAGUUCAGCCAGCAAAAAAGCCAUAUAACAAGAUUGUCUCUCAUUUACUGGUGGCUGAACCAGAGAAGAUCUAUGCCAUGCCUGACCCCACUGUUCCAGACAGCGACAUCAAAGCGCUCACCACCCUUUGUGACCUGGCAGACAGAGAAUUGGUGGUCAUCAUUGGAUGGGCUAAGCAUAUUCCAGGUUUCUCCACUUUGUCUCUGGCUGACCAGAUGAGCCUUCUGCAGAGUGCUUGGAUGGAGAUUUUGAUUCUGGGUGUUGUGUACCGAUCACUGCCUUUUGAAGAUGAGCUUGUCUAUGCUGAAGAUUAUAUAAUGGAUGAAGUCCAGUCCAAAUUGGCAGGCCUUCUUGACCUCAACAAUGCCAUCCUGCAGCUGGUAAAGAAAUACAAGAGCAUGAAGCUGGAGAAAGAAGAGUUUGUCACCCUCAAAGCUAUAGCGCUUGCUAAUUCAGACUCAAUGCACAUAGAGGAUGUUGAAGCAGUUCAGAAACUUCAAGAUGUCUUACAUGAGGCUCUGCAGGAUUACGAGGCUGGUCAACAUAUGGAAGACCCACGUCGAGCUGGCAAAAUGCUGAUGACUCUCCCGCUUCUGAGGCAAACUUCCACUAAGGCGGUGCAGCAUUUCUACAACAUCAAACUGGAAGGCAAAGUUCCCAUGCACAAACUUUUUUUGGAAAUGCUGGAGGCCAAGGUUUGACUAAAGCAUCAUGGGCCUUCCCAUCAUGCACGCUGAAAAAAAAAGGGAAAAUAAACAGGAUAAUAAUGGCAAAGAAACUUAGUGUUUAAUUAAGAAAAAAAAAUGACUGCACUGAAAUUAGCAGCAAGACUGUGAAGCAGCUUUCAGCUCUUUCUUCUGUGUCUAUCUGAUGCAGUUUUUCUUUUUCUUUUCUCUC